GGAAGAAUUUCUUCCUCCAUUGUUACAUUGUAACAAACGGGGCCGGGGCGAAACGGGCAGAAAGGCGUCUUCUUCUCGCUACAACAUUCGCACCGCUUUGACACCAAGCGUUUUAAGGAAAGGGCCAAAAAUCCGCGUCAAAGCGAGAAGACAGCGAAGUUAGCACCGCCGACUGAACCCGCCCCGGUGAGAGAAAAAAGGAUAAACGAACACAGAUGUCAGCGGAUUUCUCCAUCGCGAGCCUCACACCAAGAAGAUAAGACGUUUCGGCUCAUUUACAUGACUCCCGGUGCAAAAUGUUGGGGAAUAAAUCGCAGCUAAUCAUAUGACGUCCCCUGUUUCUGCCGUCUGUCUGCCCUUUAAAUAGAUAGGCAUGCAACAUUUAAAUAAAACCCGCAGGUCUAACAGGCAGCUCCUGCUUUCUUUCUGAUCCUCCAGUGUGCAGAACAAUGAACAUGGAGCCUAAGUAGCCUCAUAUAGGCAGAUUUAAGUGUUGCAAAUUGACAGUGAGGCGAGGAUUACUCCAGGUUACAUUGGCUCGCAGGGUCGCAGUGUGGAUACUCGGUUCAGGGAUAUCGGUUUGGCACAAAAAGGCAGCUCAUAGGGCGUUGAGAGAUUGAUGUGCAGCUCACAUUGGGAAGAGAAGCGACCUACGAGCUGGUUGGAAUAAGGGUCCCUGUUUCUGCCCCAGACACCGAGUUUCCAUGGAGGCAGGUUCGUCCCUCAGCCUCAAACGACGAUAUGAAGAGGUGGACAACAGCUCUCCAUUCUCUACACCUAAGGACUCCGACGAUGACAUCUCCAGCAGUGACAGCGCUGACAGCUGCGACAGCCUCAACCCUCCUUCCAGCACUACAUUUACCCCCACCUCCAUCCUCAGACAGCACAAGCCGUCACCGGGGGGGAAACGAGUACGUUUCGAUGUGGUGACGGUGUAUUACUUCCCCCGGCGGCAGGGAUUCACCAGCGUGCCCAGCCAAGGGGGCAGCUCCCUGGGCAUGGCCCGUCACCACUCCUCCAUCAGACACUACACGCUGGGCGAGUUUGCCCGAGAACAGGAAACGAGCCACCGGCACACUUUGCGCCAGCACCUGCGCCAAGAGAAGCUCAACGCCCGCAAGAUGAAGCUGACCAGGAACGGCACGGUGGAGUGCGCCCAGGCAGACCUGCUGACUCUGGAGGAUGUAUCAGACGAGGACCUGGACGUGGACGGGGUGGAGGUGGACGACUGUUUCUUCCUCCAGCCGCUGCCCACAAAGCGCCGCCGAGCCCUCCUGCGAGCCUCUGGCAUUGCCCGCAUAGAUGCAAGGGAGAAAGCUGAGCUCAGAACCAUCCGCCUCUCCCGGGAGGAGUGCGGCUGCGACUGUCGCUUGUACUGCGACCCUCGCCACUGCGGCUGCAGCCAGGCUGGUAUUAAGUGCCAGGUGGAUCGUAUGUCGUUUCCAUGUGGCUGCUCCAGGGACGGCUGUGGCAACGUAGCGGGCCGCAUUGAGUUCAACCCUCUACGCGUCAGAACUCACUACCUGCACACCAUCAUGAAGCUGGACAUAGAGAAGAGGAGGAUGCUGAUACAAGGGACCGGGGACCAGUAUGCUGAAUCCGACCAGAUGUCCUCCCCCUCCUCCACUUGCCCCACCUCCCCGGACCUAUCCUCAGUCGCCGGCCUGGACUCUGAGCUGGAGGAGAGCGAGGUGCAGACAGUGGUCGAGGUUCAGGAUCUCCUGGCAGAGCAGGACAUCCUGGAGCGCGAGAACGAGACGGCGGUGUUGCACCUGCAGAGCGCGGAGGAGCAGGAGAGGAGGGAAAGGGAAGAGGCAGAGGGGGAGGCGGUGCAGCAGGAGCUGGGUGCAGGAGGUCUCACAGAGCAGCCUCUCUGUCUCCUGCCCGCUGCUUUGGGAGGGGAUCUGCCUGAGCAGGCAGAGGUGCCAGGUGUGGAGCAGGUCCUCCUGCAGGGGCCGUUCCCCACGGGGGCCACGGUGCUCUGCAUCACUGACAACCAGGAGGAGAGCCCCUCCGACCUCCUCAAAGACUCCACCUCUCUGCUCUACUAUCAGCUCAGUCCUAUAGAGCCGGGAGCCUUUGAGACCCUGCCCAGAGCCGAGGAGGCUGAACAAGAGGUGCGGGAACAAGAUUCUGGAGGAGACGACAGGAAACAAGACAGAGGAGAAGAGUCGAAGGAUGGUACGCCUGAAGAGAUCACCUGCAGGCAGAGUUUGGGCAAGUCUUUGACCAAUGUGAUUCUGUGCUCAGAGGAAUGCAUGGCAGUGGUGGAGGAGAGGCCCUUGAGUCUCCAGCAGAGCCUUCCUGAGGUGCAGUGCCAACGGGAGUCGUGCCUGGAGGGAGAAAUAGAUCCACCGCCUCCUGAAGUUUAGUUCUAGCUUCUCUGCAGAUAUUUUGCACAAUAGCUUCAUCUAAGAUGAAAAAAAUUACACAUUUAUUACUGCUAUCAUCAAGAAUAAUUACAGGUUGCAAUCCUUUGUAGUGACUGUCAUUGAAUUAUGUGAGCGUGAGUAUUACAAUACAUGAGGGAGGAGGGAUGCUGAAAGCACAUACAGAUCACUCCCUGGAAGUUAUAUGGAUGCAGUUACAAGGAAACAUUGUAUGUAAUUCUGUUGGGGGUGAUGAAUGCGGCCUUAAUGGAAAAACAUAAAAACACUUGUGUGUAGGAGUCAUUCGUCGAUGAGAAAGUACAGCAAGUAGUGCUUUGUUAAUUUCCAACGUAGCGAACAGAAAUCACAGUGUGUGAAUGCUGACAUAAGCCUUUAGUUUGGUGAUGUAUAAAGCUAUCAACACUAAACACAAAUUGUUUUUCAGUGCGCAAGAAGCUGGUGACUUAAGAGACUCACCGGCUCACGUUCCAUUACGGCAGACCAGUGCUGUAGUCAAGCCAAAUGAAGGCGCCUGAUAGUACCCUCCGCUGAAAAUAGACCUAAUAAUCCUGGAAAUACUUGUUUUUGUGUACUGUAUAUGCAUUUGCAAUGUGCAAGACAGCGCCGAGGUUGCUGCUUUUGUUUUUUUUUAAACGCACAUUGUGAACCGAGGGCAGCGGGUGUUGUGGCUCUGCUGUAAUGAAGGUAAAGCAACACAGAGCAGCAGACUGACACUGGCCUUAGCUGUUGCUCUCGCUCACCUCGGGCUGCUCGUGCAAAUGCAGUCGAUUUGUCAACAGAAACCUAGUUUACCUGUAGUUACAAUGCCUAUGAUAUCAUUUCUUUGAGUAACGUGUCUUUUGUGGAUUAGAUACUGUUGGUUUGAGGUCCUCGCAGUCUUGUUUUUUGAGUGAAAGGAAAUGUUUCUUUCAUACUGCUACACUGUAAUGCCAUGUAGUCAGUCACGUCAAGUUACGAUGAAAUGCCAGGAUAGAUCUUCCCAGUCAUCUCCUCGUUUAAAGGGAUGGUUUGGAUAUUUUGAAGUGGGGUCAUAUGGGGUUCUUAUCCACAGUCAGUGUGUUACAUGCAGUAGAUGUUUGUCUGCACGCCCCCAGUUUGGAGAAGCAACAUGAGUGCCAAAAAAAAAGCUAAGCAAUGUACUGCUGUGGAUGGGAGGCAGCAGCAAAGGGUAUUUUAACCACCUAAAUUGUAUGCAAUAUUGACAGUGUUUUCACCAGGGUUGAGCGGCAUACUUGGUGCAGAUAACAUACUUACACGAGUACAAGUAUCAUCCGAGUAAAAUGUUCUGAGAUUGUAUUAAUAGUUCUCUAAUAAUAACACAAAAAAAACACAUUAAUCCAAAAGAUUUUUAAACAUAAAAUAUCUCUUAAACACUCCGUAAGUUCCUUGAACUAUGUACAUUAUUAAGGUUUUGACAUAUGCUCAAUGUUAUGAGCAGGCUUUGUGGUAAAUCCAUCAGUCAGUCCUCUGGCGUUGCACCACGCGUAAUGUAGCGCAAUGAUGUCAUUACAAGCUUACAACAUGAUGACAUGGUAGACAGAAGCCUUCGCUGUCUGCUGCAACAAGAAUGAAUAGUGUUUCUAAUCUUAGAUAUGUUUCAGUAGGAUCAUACAAACAAUCUUGAUGUCCGUGUUCAUUUUUAAAGGGUUAAAAUACUGUAAUACACUAUAGUAAAUACUAUACUAUACUAUACUAUAUAACAACUUCUUGUUCAUUUCAACUUUAAGUCCCACCCCUGUCCAGUUCAAACUCCACCCAUUCCGAGAAUUUAGUUGGUUGAUCAGAUAAAGAUGCAGAUACAGAUAAUAGAAAACUCACUCGACCCUAAUUUUCACUACUUCACCUUUCCGUCAGACAGCCUGUUCUGAUGUAGAAGCUGGCUUCAGUUCCCUGGUUUCAGCUGGGCGGCUGUGGCUCAGAGGUAGAGUGGGUCGUCCACCAAUUGGAAGAUCAGUGGCUCGAUCCGUGGUUCCUCCAGUCCACAUGCCGAAACACCCUUUGGCACAAUACUGAACCCCAAAUUGCUGCUGAUGACUAUUCCAUUGGUGUGUGAGAGUGUGUGAAUGGUUACGGAGUAGGAGGUGGUACGAUGUAUGGUAGCCUCGACCAAAAGUGUGUGAAUGGGUGAAUGUGACAUGUAGUGUAAAAGCACCUUGAGUGGUUGGAAAACUAGAAAGGCGCCAUACAAGUGCAGUCCAUUUACCAGUCACCAGACUCCAUUGAGAAAAACAGCAAUUUUAGCUUGCUGAACACAGGAGCUGCUGGUCUACCGCUGCCAUGAUCUGUUGGUUAAUUUGCAUUAUUGUGUGACUUUGCUGAAUCUGAACUAACCUUUUUAAACACCAAAGUCACACUGUAACACAAACAGAAUAACUGACUGAGGCAGCGGUUGACCAGCAGCUCCUGUGCUCAGCUAGCUAAAAUCACUUUUUCUCAAUGGAGUCUGGCUUUGAAGAGAGCGAUGUAACGCCUUCAGUUUCACAUCAGAAAUCGCUGUCUGACAUUAAGAUAAAGCAGUGAAAAUAUUCUAAAUAUAGCAUAUACACAAAGUGAUUAUGAUUUUUUUGGUGGCUAAAAUACCUUUUGUUGCUGACCCCUCCACAGCAGUACUUUGUUAGCUCCUGUGUCCGACUCCAGCCUGCUUCUCCAAGCUUUGGGCGUGCCGACAAACAUCUACUGCAUAUAAUACACUGAGUGACUAUGGAGAAGUACCUCAUACAACCCCACUUAAAAAGAUCUGAACUGUCCCUUUAAUGAGUCAUACUGUAAGGAAGAGAUGAAUCAAGUCAAAUGUCAUAUGAAGAAAAUAGCAUUUAAAGAGUCAAAGAAAGUAGUUAUACAAAAUGAUGUGAUGUUACUAAUUUAUGAAACAGAUUGACCUGAAUUUGUAUAUUUUAUGUUCAAUCUGUACAGUGUGUGUGUGUGUGUGCGUGUGUGUAUGUGCCUACUUUACAUUAGUGCGUCUACGUGGGCGAGGAAGUUGUGUAUGCAUCUGUGUGUGCAUGUACACGUGUAUGUACUGUAUUAUGAAAAGGGGAGGGGGGAGUAUAUUAGUGAGGAUACAUAUUUUAUUCCUGAGAAAGGUGCUGAUGUUACAGAUUUACAAUUCACUGAUUUUUCUCCCCACCAUCAUGAGAAAUAUGAUUUCACGGAGAUGUUUCUCGAUGACUGACGUUACGAAGUGUCGGAGAGCCUCUUUUAGGAAACGCAAUAGCUACUGCACUGCAAAUCAUUAAUGUGGCGGUUCUGGAUUGAGGAGUUUUAUCAUGUAAAUGCAAUCGUAUAACAUUUUCCUGUCUUUAAAUGUCUUUUUUAAGCUGUGUCUGAUUAAUACUGAUCUGCGUAAGUGUGCCGACUCUCCUUACACAAAACCAGUCCUUUGUUUUGUUGCCUAAAAUUACAGCUGUUGCUUUCAGUUACAGCUCGCCAAACACAGGACGUGCUGCUGUGUAUGAGACGUCUGAUGUAUUUCUUUGCCUUUCUUUUUUAUUUUUAACUGUCUUAAUAUAAAUCUGCUUAAGAGUUGCACCAAAGCAGUGGUUUCAAACCUAAUUAGAUGAUGCUUUCAACCAUCAUAUUUUAACAAAGCGGUCUCCUGUACUUAUUGUGAGGCUUUUAGAUUUAUUGUGGCCCUUUGUGUUUGCGUGACUCGCCUUGACAUCUUCAAAGUGACGAUGAUUAAAAGCUGCCUAUUGUUGAGCUUUCUGUCCUUGGCUUUCUACUAAUAGACUUUAGGUUUGGGACCACUGCAUCAAAUUAACUCCAGUACACUAUGUGAUUGUGUGUGUCUCUGUAUGAACGGGGCGUGUGACUGUGGAAAAGACUGAUACGUUUAGACUUCAUCUAAAAGCUGUGAGAACUACUCUCAUGCUAACUGUUGCCUAAAGUGGACAAAAAGGUUUUUUUUAUACAAAAAUAAAAACAAUAAAACACUCAUUUUAAAAAGGA